AUAAGCAACAAUAGAAAAAAAAAGUUAAUCUUCAACCUCCAGCCGAAUUUGACCGGAAUCUCAUCUGCUCAUUGCCACCCAAUUUUAACAUAGAAAACCACAAUUAAUAACUCAAAAACAUCUGAAACCAUGUUACUCAUUAUGCAAGUGGAGAAUUUGGGUACAAAGAAAGAGAUGAAUUUAUAGAAGAAGAAGUAAAAAGAGAAUCGGAAAACAUUAAUCGGAACAAUGGGUAUAUUUACUAUUAUUUAAAGUUGUGUUGUCACAAUCCAAUUUUAAGAAAUGGGUAAUUAACAAUUUGCCAAGUUGGGAGCAAUGCAAAAGCAAAAUACGCAACCAACCAACCAUUUUCUUCCAUCUCUCUCAACAGUAAAAUUUCCCCCCAAAAUUAUGCUACUACGGUUCCCAGUUCCACUUCACCUUCUUCUUCUUCGCCGUCAUCAACAUUUGCUUCCCAACUCCGUACCAUCCAAACGAUUCAACUUUUCCCAUCCUCCUCAAUCCCCAUUUCAAACCGUUCCCGUUUUGCGGGUCGGUUAUCCGACAUCGACCUUUUCGGAGGAUGAGUCGGACGUUGAACUUGGGCGUUUGCUGUCUCUGUUGCCGGAGGAGAUGCGGAGGCGCGUGAGUGAGCAUCCAGAGCUACAUAUGUUGAUCGAAGUGGUUAUGGAUUUAGGUCGGAAACCUUUGGCUAGGUUUCCAUCUGGAGAUUUUGUUAUAUCUGAGUAUCCAAUCACGGUUCAGGAUAUUCAACACGCCACUGCUCAGGUUGGUGACUUUGCUGUUGAUAAUCGAGCAGGAAUCAGCAGGACAUUGCAUCGGAUUAGUGCUAUUAGAAAUCGCAAGGGCACAAUUAUUGGUCUUACUUGUCGUGUUGGUAGGGCAAUUUCCGGAACUGCUAACUUGUUGCAAGAUUUGGUUCAAGACGGCUCGUCUUUGUUACUCAUUGGGCCUCCUGGUGUAGGCAAAACUACAAUCAUUAGGGAAAUAGCCAGGAUGCUGGCAAAUGAUUACAAGAAGCGUGUGAUGAUUGUUGACACAUCCAAUGAGAUUGGGGGUGAUGGCGAUAUACCUCAUGCUGGAAUAGGCAGUGCUCGACGGAUGCAAGUUCCCAACUCUGAUAUGCAGCAUAAGGUAUUGAUAGAGGCAGUUGAAAAUCACAUGCCACAAGUAAUUGUAAUUGAUGAAAUUGGUACGAAACUUGAAGCAAUGGCUGCAAGUACAAUUGCACAGCGUGGGAUCCAGCUUGUUGCCACUGCUCAUGGAAUCACAAUUGAGAAUCUAAUAAUGAAUCCUUCCUUAGAGAUGCUUGUCGGAGGAAUACAGAGUGUGACACUCGGGGAUGAAGAGGCCAGCCGCAGGGGUGUUCAGAAGACAGUACUGGAGAGGAAAGGCCCAUCAACAUUUAGUUGUGCAGUAGAGAUUAUUUCAAAGACACAGUUGCAGAUUCAUCGUAGCCUUGAAGCAACUGUGGAUGCUAUUCUUUCAGGUCGUUUUCCAAAUGUAGAAGUGCGCAGGAUGAAGUCUCAAGAGCAAGAAGAGAGUGUACAAACCAGGCAAGAUGCUCCAGAAAUUGGUGGUGAAAUUAUGCUUGAAGAUGCUCCAGAAAGGGCUGAUCUCAAAACCAGGCAAGAUGAAUCACCUUUGAUGUUGCCUAAUGACAUGUUAGAGAAUUCUUGGGAGCACAAAUUGCCACUUCGUCUAUUUUGUUAUGGGAUUUUAGAGGCAACUGUUACUCAAGCAAUUAAACAGUUGAAAAUGAAUGAUGCGGACCUUCAACUGACUGAUAAUAUUAGUGAGGCGAAUGCUUUACUUGCCUUGCAAUCAAAGCUUAAGAAGAAUUCAAGGAUCCAAGCUGCCUUUAAAUCUCAUGAUAUUCCUGUUUAUGUGACAAAGACAAGUUCGUUGGAGCAUGUAACAAAAGCCAUACGAGCAUUACUAAGUGAUUAUGAAGAUGGUUUAAUUGUUUUUGGAUCAAUUGAUAAGAUAAAGGAUUCAGAGAAGGCUGAUGCUUUAGAGGAGGCAAGAAUGGCCAUAGAGCAUAUAGUAAUUCCUAAGGGUGAAACUGUGGAUCUACUACCAAGGUCAUAUCAGGUAGUAUCGCUUCAGCUGGACCUUGUACGUAGCUAUCAACUAGAAGCAAGGAGAAUCAGUGGAGAGUCAAAUGUACAUCAUCUGCGCAUCUUUCCAUCCCAUUAUGUGAUGGAUGAUGUGAUAACUAGUGACACCUCUGAGUCUGAUGAUUUUUCUUCUUCCAAUGGCAGUGCAAAUGGCUCGCUGAACAACUUGAAUAGAUUGCCUUUACUGCCCGAGUAGUUAAUGCAUAAUGAAUGAAUACGAGACUUUCUUUUGCCACCCUACCAAUUUUCUCGCAUGCGCUACAAAAUUACCAAAAUUCCCCAUGUCCACUACUUAAGUAGUGGGACGUAUGCUACUUAAUUAGCGGAAUGGUAAAACAGGAAACUAGUAGAGCGCGCGAGAAGGUUGUAGGGUGGCAAAAAAAUCUCAAUGAAUAUGUUACCACAAAACUUGCCUAGUUAUAACCGUCAAUUUCACGGGGUCACAAAAUUUGGGCCUCAGCCCCUAUAUAAAGGGGUCCAGGAAACUCUAAGACUUAUGAGCCGUUGCACAUAAGGCCUAAAUGUAGUAAACUAGUAUUUACACCCGUGACAUGCGCAACAAAUCGUUGAUGUGAUGUAGUUAUAUAUAAUGCUUUUUUUUUGGUACAUUA